CGCAGACGCAGCGCGAACUUUUUAAAUGCACUUUAGAAAUCUAAUAGACAUAACAUAAUACGAAAGCUGUAUUUAUCCAUAAACAUUUUAGCUCCAAAAGAAAAGCGAUGAAUUACGAUUAUCAAGAGGUACAAAGAUGGCUAGAGGAUGUGCUUGGCAAGGAAGAUGUACCGGAUUAUAAAAUCAAUGAUAGAACAUUAAGUAUACUGCAUCAGAUGAUGGUAACUAAUCUCCAGAAUGAUGCCAAUAUUAAUUCUAUGUGUCAAGACUAUGAGCAAAAGACCAAGGAAUAUGAGGCUGAAGCUUCUCGUGUGAAACACGUAUUACAAAAGACGGGUAUAGAAGCUACAAAGUUCCCACAGCAAGCGACGACAAUGAUACAAGGGCUUGCCACACUCGCUUCACUGCUAGAACUGAAGGAUAUAUCAACAUCUAGUUACCUACUGGGGCUCGGUGACUUGGCAGAGGUGAUAAAAGUCACAGACAAGGACAGAACCACAGAGCACAGGAUGUCGGCCAGCUUAUUGCGCAACACCACGCAAGCCCUUCACAAACUAAACGACGUGACCCAAGCGCUGGACAAGGCAAGAGAACUGGAGAAAUCACACGCAACUACAACUAGGAAGCAGGAGAAGAACACACAGUUUCUUCGAAUGAAAUGUAACGAAUACGAAUCGCAGAUUCAACAGCAAGAAUUCAAACUUGCAGAGGCUGGUGUUGAUUCGUCUGUUCACCAUGGUGCCCUCGUGAGCCAGGCACAAGAACUAGCAGAUUUACAGUCAAAGAUUGGACCACUAAAGAAAAAGCUGGAGAACUAUCAUAGCCUUCCGGCAGACUUUUCUCUCGCCCAGCUAAAGGUGGAAGAGUUGCGGAAGCAGGUAGAGGCACUAGAGUUUCAGCUGUGUCAAAGUAUAGACACGAUGCAUAUGUAAAAUGCUGAAAACAGAAAGUGCAGAUACAUGUACAUUUGUUAUUUAUAUUUUUGGUCAAAAAAGCAUAUUAGCAUUAUGACUGCUCAUUGUGUGGUAAUCGCGUUAAGUAGCCAGGAUAUAGCUUUUGGCCACCAAUCAGAUAUCUGAAGUUCUAUGAUAACAUAGGGAGACGACUAUUUACUUUUAAAGGAUCGUAGUUUUUGACAUGCACUCACGAUUUAAACAGGUCAGUUAGAUAUGGCAUCGUUGUUGGAUGUGCAAGUAAUUCGUAGCAACUUGACAGGUAGCAGAGUCAGCACUCUUAAAGCUUAUGAUUGCCGUUGUAUGAGCAUGAGAUUUUGCAGGUAUUGAUCAGUGAAAAUCAUGAGAAAAAUUUGGAUGAUGUGCACAGCUAUGCGUGAACAAAGUAGAUUUGUGAAGGUAUGAGCCACUCCGCGCUGUGUCGCCUCCCUCAAUAUAGCAUGCGAGAGAGAGCUCGAGCUUGAGCUCGCAUAUGAACAGGCGUUCCUGGUGCCUGCGGGAGGUGAAUGUGGCAGCACAGGAACUACAAAGGAAUGACCUGGCCAUAGUGGGAAGUAUUUAUGUGUGAUUCUUUUUGUGCAUAUUAUAUACAGUGUGUUCUCAUUCUGUAUAAUUGAUCUGUAAAUGUAUUGUAGUGAUUUUAAUAAUUAUCUAACUGUUAUAUAAUAAUUGUAUAAUAUUAUGGCGUCCGUAUUCGUCGUUACCACCA